CUGUGAAGACGUACUGUAAGACAGUGAAUAAUGGAAGUAGAGUCCAUUUAUGAAAAUGUUGAAUGCAGAGAUAUUGAGAACACAACUGGACCUCAAACUCAGACUUACGGCCAGGAUGAAGGAAAAGAUCGAAAGCACAGAGGAAGUAGAUGUUUGGUGUUGAUCACAGUGUGUCUCGGGCUCAUUUGUGUUCUUCUGCUGGUCUUCAUCAUACUGCAGAACAUCACCAUCACAGCAGAGAGAGGCCUGAUAAAGAGUUACAAGAACACAGUUGAAGAGUUCAAUCAAACAAUCAAAAGCUUACAGGACGAAAAACACCAACUGCAGAACAACUUCUACUCUUUGAAUCAGAAGAAACUGGAGCUGGAGACUAGAGUCAAAGUUGUCACUGCUGAGAAAGACCAGUUACAGAGAAGCACUGAAUUUUUCAUUCAGAGGAAACUGGAGCUGGAGAAAAAAGUCAAAGAUCUGAAUGCUGAGAAAGACGUGUUACAGAGGAGUUUUGACUCUUUGAAUAAGAAAAAACUGGAGUUAGAAAGCAAAGUCACUUCUCUGAGUGAGGAACUGAAGAAAGAAUCAACUAAACGAGGUUGGUUUUUCUUGUCCAGUGAGUUGAAGAGCUGGUCUGACAGCAGGCAGUACUGCAGGGAUCGUGGUGCUGAUCUGGUCAUUAUCAACAGUGAAGAGAAGCAGAGGUUCAUUUCUUCACUAACCAUGGAGAGAGUGUGGAUUGGUUUGUCUGACACAGAGCAUGAGGGCAAAAUGACAUGGGUGGAUAAUUCACCACUAAAUCAAGGGUUAUGGCUCCAAGGUGAGCCGAACAACUAUCUUGGUAGUGAGGACUGUAUUGAACUGAAUUAUAAAAGAGAGCAGCGGGGAUGGUCACCCCUGAACAGCUGGAAUGAUGCCCCAUGUUCAGAGAAGAAAAAAGGGAUUUGUGAGAAAUAGGUUCAUCCCAUCUUAUUGUGGUUUUGCUUCUCUUGUCUAACAUAAUCAUUCUUAAUGUGAACACAUAAUUUCUGAUUGAAUCCCUGCCUUUUAAAUAACGAUAACGAUAUUAUUAUUAUUAUUAUUAUUAUAUCUUAUUAUAUCUUAUUGCUAUAAUAAUCUACUGUUUCUCGUGGGGUGAAUUAGGCUGACCUGAGACAAUGAACCUCUGACGUUUUCAUGUUUUUUUCUUCUCCAUCACAAGUGGCUCUAUAUUACUAUGAUCUUAUUCUACUGUUAUCAUGAGUCUCAUUUGUUCAUCUGAAGUGUUGAGGUGAUAAUCACAGUGAACUACAAAAAGACUAAAGUUUCCAGAUUGCCCUGAUUCACCCUGUUAUUUUGAUAUUGAGUGUCUGUGAAGCUGCUUUUCAACUGAAAUUGC